ACACUCUCAACUUGAAUCUGUAAAACAGGGAAGUCAAGUGACAUCGCAAAUUCUCAAGCAACCAAGAAAAGUGGGGAAAGGUUGUUUGGUCGACACGAAGCUAAAUAUGAGCAAGACAUAGUGGAUCUGUAAUUGCACAUUAACCGUGAAUUACGUCCAAGGCCAAGUUCCGCUAUAUCAUCUGGAUUGUUUGUGUAACUUCUGUCUGGGGCUUUGGAAGUGCUGUUUUUCCCAACCUCCGAGGGAAUAUGAGUUACACAGCAACAAACCGAAGACUAGAGGCACUGUCCCUUCUAAAAUAACUGUUGACUAGAUUCAUUUGGACCACGUUUGUCAUGGGCACCGCGCUGAGUGAGCCUUGCAUCUACGACAAGCUGUCAGAGAGCAUCGAUAUUCUCCGCCAGUCGGGGUAUCGCUAUGGCAUGUCAGAGAGGGAGAUCGAGAAGUUUAUCAAACAAGUCCUGGAGACCAACGAGCCUCGAAGAGACCCGCCACAAUUCCCUAUCCUUCGAGCCACUAUCAAGUUUGUGGUAGCGGUAGGCUUUCUGUUGGUGGUGGUGCUGGCCUUCACCUACCCCCAGACUCAGCCCCAGCUAGGUGUGAGGUACACGGGGGGACACAACUGGUCCUCCCCCCUCAGCCACGUCAGACUACUAGCUCUGCCCAUCGCCAAGAAGUACAACCUGCAAGGUUUCCAUGAGUGGUGGAGUGUGGGGGCUCUGCGGCAGGGCCUGGUUAACUGUUCUGGCUGUGCAGAGGUCUCCUCUGUGCUGGAGGUCCCCGAGACCCUCAGAGAGUCUGCAGCCAUGCGCAGGGGGCCACAACCUGUGCUGCUUAAGGUACGACCACCACUGCAAGGUGGGGAGUAUCUGUGCAUGCAGAGGCAGCAGCUAGAGGAGCUCUACUCCGCGCACUCCGGCUCCAUGAGUAUACUAGUGGAGAAAGACAACUUACUGUCACAUGACGAGGGUUUUCCACAGGGCCCAGCAAACUUCACCCUGCUCUGGAGGUUUACAUCUGUGGCCAGAGAGAAGGUGUUAAGGUGGCUGUUCCCCAAGGCUGAGCUAUGUCCCCUACUGGACAGCGCCGGAACAACAUUGCAGCGUUGCCUGGUCACGCAUAGUGCCAACUCUCAGAGCAGAGGGGUGCGAGUGCUGGGCUGGCUGGUGGUAGGAGAGGGCCUGCCCACAGUUAGAGUGCUCCCGGUCCACCACUGUCAGAAACACUGCAGCUCCUUCAACCUCUGGCUGGGACCUGGAGAUAUGGUGUACGCUGACCCGCUUUACUGGCAGAUGGAGCUGUUCCCCGGCCGAGACCAAAACAUAGUUUGUGACGGCUCCACUUUCUGAGGGAGGAGAGGAACAACCGAAUGGGAGGAAGACGGAGGGAGAGAGUGAAGGGUUCUGUCAUACAGAACUCUUAACUCCAUUCCGGUCUUGACAUCUGCAUACUGGCUGAGAAUAUCACUUCCUGUAGAGUCCGAGUGUGAUUGGACCUUUUAACCGUCCCUUGCAGGCUAGUCCCGCCCUCCUCUAGGUAUGGGAAAGCACACUCACCACAGGCACAAUAUAGACUGAAGAAAUCUGAACACCUCUCAUCUCCCCUACCCUUCUCUGGCCUAAUACCAAACUCCUCUCUAGCCCCUACUUGUGCCUCUUUGUUGAUAUCCCUUCGCAGAUCUAAGACAACUGGAUGGUUGUAAGCAGGGAGCGACCACUCUCAGGCUUGGAGGUGUGUGUCUCGAUGAGGAAGAGGCUGGAAUGUUCUCAAACUCGGACCGUUUGCCUCAGAGGAAAAAUGGAGAGAGUGACUGAUUUAAUUUUUUGGAACAUCAGAAGGUGUUGCCUCUGUUUUGUUCAGUUGGAAUGUUCAAGAUUGUUUUGGUUAUGUUUUUUAGUUGUGAUCAAAUCACACCGCCACAACAGGAAAAAUGGGACAGUUUUGUGGCGCUGCCCUCCCUUCAUCUACUCACUCUUAUACCGGACCGUAUUCAUCACCUAAGUUCAACAUGUCGCUGCUAGUGUAACAAUGACAGUUGGUUAGGAGGAUGUAUGACAUUGAUUUGUCAGUUUAGGGAAUUGCAUUUGAUUACUGAAAGUGCAGAUAUUGUAUUUAAUAUAUAGUUGAUGAUAAGUGCUUGUGCCAUAAUUUCAGAAAGACUGAAAUGCUAUUUCUUAAGGUUCUUUUCACUAACUGUUUUUGUUUUGUCACUGCUUUUUCCCCUGUCAUCCAGUCUCCCGCGUGAGCACUAACAAGCCAGAGUUUGUUUUAGUGAUGUCACAGUGUUUGAUGUUUUGUCACUAACGCUAUAGUCCCAAUCAGUAUUAGAUAAAACGUUGCGGCCCUACCGCUUAUGGGGAAAACAGCCUGUAGUUACCUAGGUUACCCCGUUGGUUCACAGCCAAAACAUUUUUAAGAUGCAAUUUUCUUGUUGUUUCAACAUUGCUUGCCUUCUCACUACUUAGAAAAAAACAAAUAUUCUAGGGCUUCCCUCAUGCGCCUUUACAUGAUGGUGCUAGCAGCUGAGUGAGUGCUACCGGCUACCGACCGGAACAUUAAGCUAGCCAAGACAAACAACACAAAACAAACAAAAGUAGUGAGUGACGUUACAAACGGACUAUACUAAACAAGUUAAAUGUCUUGCCUAUGAUUAAAUGUUUUCCACACACAGCUACCUUUUAGCCUACUUAGACACCAGGUCCCCGCAUCUCCCACGCCGAGAAAAGCCUGAAGCCACAGGGCGCUUCUCGCAGGCUCCAUUUCCUUUGUGUGGGAGCAUUUGGAACCGCUGGUCGUGAUUUUUGACCUGGUUACAUGUACAUUGAACAACACAGCAGAUUUUCUCCAUGUUUUGUUAUUUCUGUUUACCAAAAAAUUGAUAACAAAGUUGGCUCUUUUACACUGGGGGUCAAUGGGAAAUAAGUUUUGUUUUCCCCAAUUUGUGGGCAUGGUUGAGGGGAAUUCCUUAUUAUUAUGUGAAUAGAGACAUGGACUAUCGAUGUUCGGAGAUUUGAUCCGGUUCUAUUGUCAAUAUAGUGCUUAUAGAGUUUUAAUCUCUCAGAAUUCACCAUUGUCACAUUAUGGCCUUAUUGUUAAGCUAUAUUUUAACAUUUUAAAUGAAUCUGUUUUUCAGCUUCCCUGUUGGAGCUGCCUUCUUUUAUCAUUAUUUAUUGUUUCAAGUUCAAAUGAUGUCCAUGUACUGGAACCUAAGCUAUUAAGUGGUUGUUAUUGUUCAUCUCUUCAUGACUGGAUGUAUUGGCAUGUACUACUGCCAUAUUGCAUAAUACAUACUAUGAAUGCAUCUGUUAUUUUGGUAGUACACAUGUCUAAUUCCCUCUUUUUGUAUGAACUCUGAGGAUAGUGCCAAAAAUAGUCUAUUGAAGAAGUUUGAUUAUUUUAUUUUUUUACCAAAUCUUUAAAAAAAUAUUUAAAUGGCAUGUUAGAAGGGUCCAGACAUUUUUCUUUGUGAUUUCACUUGUUUUUGAGGAACCUAUCCAAAAUAUAAUAUCAAGUUGCUGAGACAAUUUCAUGUGUACAUCUAAAGGGGUAAGUUUCUGGGGUAAGUUUCUCAAAAACAAGUGAAAUAGCAAAAAAGUUUCUGGACCCUUCCAUAACAUGCCAUUUAUAUCCACCCAUCAAAGUUCUCUGGGUGGAUAUAAAUUAGAAUCCACACAAAGUGGCUCUCGGUUUCUCUCUCUCCUGUCUGAAACCCAGUUGGGUGGGUGAGAUAUCUUUACCAUUACAUCAUCUUUGACACUCAAAAUAUAGUUGUGGUUCAAGGCCCUCGGCUUUGAUCAACCAAUAUCACCUCCCUCCUAAACCUGACACAUUUCCCUUGAGUUCAAGCUUGCCUUUUUCAUAUCACGCCUUUCUUAUAGUGCACUGUAUGUCAUUGCCUAUAUUAUCCUAGCUACAGAUUGUAUGCCAGAUAAUGUGAUAUAACCAAAUAUUUUUGGGGUCCAGUAACCAGAGACUUUUAUAAUAGGUUAUAUCACAUUAUCUGACAUACUAUCUGUAGCUAAUAUUCUCCCUGUUAUAUUUUAUUUUUCUGUUAGCAAGCUCAAGGCUACUUAAUUUGGUGUCCUUCAAGCAGUCCACUGUGGGUUCUUUGUUUUGAAAACGGGGCAAUGUAUAUCACUGGCUUUAAAUGUGAUUACUUUGGUGAAAGCGGCAAUUCAACCUUUUCUUAUUGGCUUUGAACAAUAGUUUUGUAUGAUCAAAUUGCAAUGUGAGCCAAGAAUUGGACACUUGUUUUGGUUGUGUGUGCUUAAUAGGUGUCAUGGAAAUCAACACUUUAGUUUGACUAUUGUAUUUUUGACAUCCCUUUAAAUCAUGUUAUAAAAUGUGCAAUCAU